AUGCUUGUCUACGAGUACAUGCCCAUAGGCUCCCUCGCCGGCCUCCUCUUCCGCAACGGUGCAUGCCUGAGCUGGUGCGACCGGUACUGCAUCAUGGUCGGUGUGGCGAGAGGGCUGGCGUACCUGCACCUUCGCUGCCACGAGUGCAUCAUACACUGUGACAUCAAGCCGGAGAACAUCCUUCUAGAUGAGGACAUGUCCCCGAGAAUCGCCGAUUUUGGGAUGGCAAAGCUGGUUGGGAGGGACUUCAGCCGCGCGCUGACAAUGAUGCGGGGCACCAUAGGGUACCUGGCGCUGGAAUGGAUCUCUGGGCACCCUAUCAGUGCCAAGGCAGACGUCUACAGCUUUGGUAUGGUGCUCUUUGAGCUCAUCCCGGGACGACGAAACUCUGAGGGAUACAGCGAGGUGGAGGCAGCAGGGAGCGGGAGUAGUGAUUCGUGGACCUUCUUCCCGGUGUGGGCUACAGGAAAGAUUGUUGAAAGGAAGGUGGGCGAGUUGGCUGACCCGCGGCUGCGCGGCCAAGUGAGGCUAGAGGAGCUGGAGCGGGCAUGCAGGGUGGCGUGCUGGUGCAUCCAGGACGAGGAGGCGUUGCGGCCCACCAUGGCGCAGGUCGUGCAGGUGUUGGAGGGCAUGGUCCAUGUCCACGUGCCACCGGUGCCGCGAGUGCUACAGCACAUCGUCUCAUGA